AUGCCGACUGUAUGUUCGCAGUCAAUGGCGGCUGUCUGGCCAAACACAAAUUUCGUGCUGCCUCGAACCAAUUUUGUCGCAACAGACGACGAUACUGUCAGAUCUCCAAUUGCAUUCGCUACUCCCAAUAACACUACCACAAUAGACAUGCACGUCUUCUCCUUCAUCAUCACAGCGCUAAGCCUAGCCACAAUCGCCGCAGCAGACUGCUUCGCCGACAACGACUGGAACGUCAACCUCAUCGUCAAGGGCGCCAGUGCUUCCUACUGGGCCGCCGUCAAGCAAGAUGGCUCCUUCACCGACCUCUGGAACGCCCAAUGCCUCAACAUGCUGUCUCGAGAGUGCGAGCCUUGCAAGGACCUGAUGGUCAUGAAGGUGGGGUUGCCAGCUGAGAUGGCACCGUGUGCCAUGACGAGUCCGAAGAUGAGAAGGGACGACGAUGGAGAAGUCGACGUUUGGGAUGUGGAUGACUUAGAAGCCACGCAGUUGGCAGGAGUCGAGACCCGACAACUUGCUGCGAUGCAGGAGAUUGUGCUUGAUCCUGCGAGAAAGAUCAGCUCGCUGACGUGCAAGAGAGUUGUUUGA